ACACAAAUAAUGUUAGUAAACUAAGUAAUAAUAUAUUGAUAGUUUAUGCCUAUGUAUAGGUAUAGAAAUAUGUUAGUAAAUUAAACCAAUAUAUUUAUAAAUAAUUGCAGUAAAUACAAUUUUAAAUUAAAGCCAACGUUCGAGCGAUGACAAACAAGUGUGACUCAUAGUUGUUUGUCAUCGCCUACAAAAGCCCCUGCGCCGACCAAUCUCGAUUCAUUCUCGGUUGAGACGUCGGGCGGUGCGGAGCUCUCUCUCUGGCUUGAUACUGUGUAUAAGUGUGGACAUUGUGAAUUAAAAGAUAAGUAUAAUUAUUACGUUAUUAAAUAAAUAUUAUUAUGUAUGUAAAAUGUUUCUAUUUGCCAUUCAUCAUAAAUAAAUGAAUAUACAAUGAUUAUUACAUAAUGGUAUUAUUAUUACUCAAUAGAUAGAUGUUCCUGAUGAAGUAACUGUUUUGAACUAUGCUUUAAUAUGCAAUUCAACAAAUAUAUAGUGUAGAAUUGAUAAAUUGCUGAUUUAUAGGUUGUUGUCAGUGUAGGUUGCUAUUAUCAGAAGUGGGAUUCGAUAAUCCAUGCUUGUUAACUGAUAUUUUCCUUUUAAAGUUUCCAGAUGGAUUUACCUAAGAGUUUCUGAAGGCCAUCAAAGACGCAGUUUCCGGUUCCCGCCAGAACGACAGCGAGGUCGCUCUGCCAGUAUUUGAUCCAGCUAAAAGGGACCUUGGUGCUGAAUCAUGGUGCAACAAUAUUGAAACCCUCAUCCAAAGAGUUUGGAUGGAGUAACGCCGCAACAGUCGCCAAAGCUGCUAUCAUGAGACCUGACGAAGAGGAUUGAUGAAAUCCAACUAAUAAAUAAAGAAGAUGUACGCUUCUUUCGGAAGAUAGAGGACAUGCAGAGAAUUUGAAAAGAGAAACCGUCAGAAAGAAAAUUAAUUUGAACAUUUUAAUGUUCAAAUGGCUUAAAACUGUUGUUUGAGUUACUGUAGUGGGAACGAUGACUAAUGAAAAUUCGAAUUGGGUUCUUGGGAGUGAGGAUGCUGGUGGUCUCGUUACUGGCUGCAUAAUACGGACGAGAUAAAGCCACCUAUGGAUCGAGAAAACGUAACCCAUCAUGCAGUCAACGCGACUGUAAGCGCGACAAUCAACGGGACGGCCGAAGAAGAGUAUGACGUCACGCAGGGCGUGUUCUUCAAACUCCGGAUGUCGGUGCUCCUGCUCAUCGUUAUCACGGCUGUGCUCGGGAACAUGCUGGUCAUCGUCAGUGUCAUGAGGCACAGGAAACUCCGCGUCAUAACCAACUACUUCGUCGUAUCGUUGGCUUUCGCGGACAUCCUCGUCGCGAUGGUUGUGAUGCCGUUCAACUUCAGCGUCCAGUUUUACCAGGGAUGGGUCUUCGGGCCGAUCAUAUGCGAUCUUUGGAACUCAUCAGACGUCUACUUUACGUCCACUUCUAUACUGCACUUGUGCUGUAUAUCGGUUGACAGAUACUAUGCCAUAGUAAAACCUUUGAAGUAUCCAACGAAAAUGACAAAAAAGGUGGCAUUCAUAAUGCUGGCAGCGACGUGGUUAAGUCCGAUCACGAUAUCUUACGUCCCGAUUUUCAUGGGAUGGUAUACGACGAACGAUUACCUGCAAACAGCGUCGAGCGAUCAGUGCGAAUUCAAAGUGAACAAGCCAUACGCAGUGAUCUCAAGUUCUAUAUCAUUCUGGAUACCCUGUACGAUCAUGAUAUUCACUUACCUAGCGAUUUUCAAGGAAGCGAAUAGACAAGAGAAGGCUUUGCACGCUCGGGCUGGUAACGCUAUGCUAAUGCAUCGACACUCAAGAGAUGUGAGCGACAAAAAUGGAGCUCUCCACAUAAACGCGACGACACCGACCAAAGACAGGAAUAUCCUCAAAAUGAAAAGGGAACACAAAGCCGCCCGAACUUUGGGAAUUAUCAUGGGAGCAUUUAUUUUGUGCUGGUUGCCAUUUUUUCUGUUUUACGUCUCGACUUCUUUGUGUGACACGUGCAAAUGCCCCGACGUGGUCACGGUAAUAAUGUUCUGGACUGGCUAUUUCAAUUCCGCCCUUAAUCCUAUCAUCUACGCGUAUUUCAAUAGGGAUUUCCGUAAUGCCUUCAAGAACACAUUAGCGUGCGCUUUUUGUAGUUUCUGUAGACGCAAUUCCUCAGAUCUUGACGCGCUGGAGAGGCUCGACAGAAGGGGUUCCGCGCAAUUACGCGUUCCUGUUGCUUCUAGGAGGGCAUCAGAUUUAGCGUCGCUUUGAGUAAAGACCAACAGUUCAGUGACAGUACUUUGAGAGGCUUUAGACUCAACGAAGACUUACUCGUGUAGUACUCACUCCAAAUAGUGUGACUGAAUUGUAUAAAAUUAAACGGAUAUUCGAACUUUGUAUUCUACUGUAAAUAUUUUUAAGAUGUAGUUUUUUUGUAAUUAAAAGCACAACGGUUACUUUUCCUUGUUUUCGAUUAGAACGUAAAUAUAUUUAUUUCUCAGCAAGUGUCCUUUAUUUUUGUGUACAACCUGUAAAUAGUUUGAGUUGGUUUGAGAAUUGUAAUGUAAUUUUACGUAGUUUUGCGUGUAUCGAUGUAAAAAUAGUGAACCGCAUGUUCCUGGUUUUACCAAAAAGUAUAAUGUUAUAUCGUCUACACCUGUAUAAUGAUAAAUUGCUCUAUCAUUCCAUGUAAAUUGUAAAAUCAGUUUUCUAUUGAGUCGUAAGACUAUUGUAAAUAUGACAAUCUCGAAAAAUAUUACAUUCGACGUAACGCUACUACUAAGGCCUAAAUCACUUAUAAAAAUCAGUGGCCAUGAAAAUAGACAUUUUAAUAAAUCUUAAACGUCUUAAUAAUAUGUGUCGUGAAAUAAAAUUAAACAAUUAGUAAAAAAAUAAUUGAUAUUAUAAAUCGUAAAUUAAUGUAACGAAUAUUAGUCAAAAAGCUUAAAAUUAAUAUUAUUUAAAUUAAGCCUAAUCGUAUUCAUAAAUAAAUAAAAUGUGUGUAAUUUUAACUUUAAAAAAUAAGAAGAUAGACAUUAUUUAGUCAAGUCAUUUCUAAAAUAUUUUUUCGUUCAUAAUUAAUACAUAACUAUUAGGAUCGAUAUAAAAACCAAUAUGAAUGUGCCUAUGAGUUUAUAAAUUUAGAGUCAUAGAGUUUUUUAACAAUAAUCAUUUUUAUUUAACAAUCAAAUGACAUUGAUUAGUUUUAAAUUAAAUUGCAUCAUUUUUCAUAUCAUUGCUAGUGGAUCCGACAGACGCACUUCUUAAAUAUGAAAACUUCGAACUAUAUUAAUGAAAAAUUAUUUAAAAAAAAUCAUUUUGUAGCAGAUCAAAUUAGCAUUUCCGAAUCCACCGGAACACACACAAAAAAACUAUCAAAAUUGGUCCAGCCGUUUAUGAGAAGUUCAUUCGCAUACGCACCGAAGAAUUAGUUAUUUAAAAAGGGGAACCCACAGGGGUUACGACAUCAGAUAUCAUCAUCUUCAUGAAUUUUGUUCAGAUACAAAAUAACACCACAGAUAGCUAAUUAAAGUCGUCUUUAAUGAUUUUAUGAUUCUACAAAUUACAACUAACCACAGAUGAAUAGGAUGGGAUCGGAUGUAUUUCCUGAGAUAGCUCCCUCUCCUCAUACUAAUUCAACUGACUUUAUCAACAUUGCCCUCCCACGUGACGAAGACGACCAUAGACAAGCAACCGUCACUGACGUUGACGUUCUGUAAGUUUGGCAGCUGACAGGAUGAAUGUUCUCACGAGUGACAAUGACAUUCGGUCCAUGUAAUACCUUGCUUAGCUUAGCACGUUGCGAUAUAAUAAUAUAAAGGUAGUUGAUGAAUUUGAGAGAAAACUGUUUGAAUUAUUUUUUUGAGUUGACAAUGUGAAUUGUUUCAAACUCUCGCGGCUAUCUACAAUACAAUGUUAUAUAUAUUAUACAAGUAUUGUAAGAACCCCUUAAAUAAUAAUAAUAAUCAUCAUCAUCAUUAUCAUCAUCAGCCCACAGUCGUCCACUGCUGGAAAUAAACCUCUCCCAAUCCACCCCACUGAACCCGGUCUUCGGUUCUUCCUAUCCACCUCAUUUAUUACAUGUGUUGCUGAUUGCUUUUGGCAGUUUGUUGGCAGCAAAUAUGUUAUUACAUUAUUACAUUUAAUUACCUACUACAUUAUCAUUUCAUUCUCCAUACCGGUAUAAUAUAAGAUUGUAAUAACACGAGAAACGAAGCAAUAUUUUGUAAAUAAUUAAAUGGUAAAUAAAAAGUAAGUAUUUAAUUUAAGUAAUUCGUAAUUAAAUUUAAUGUAAUUCGUUUUAAUAUUUGAAUAGGAAGAUACUAUUAUUAAAAUGGGGACAAAUAACGCUUCAAUAGAAAAUGAAAAUUGAUAUUAAGUAUUAUCAAAGUUGUAUGAUUAACUUAUUGUAAUGAAAUCCUUUAGAUUUGGUGUUUUGGUGUUGUGUCGAGUUAUAAUAAAUAAAUAAAAAAUAAUAAACAAUUUCCUAACCCUUAAAUCUAUGAAGAUUGCUUAGAACUCAUUGGUUAAUAACAAAUAGAAAAUCUUAAAAAUCAAUUGCAACAUUUCGUAUCGUCGCCUUUAAGGGUGUGAUGGAUUUCAAAUUUAAUAUCUUUUGCAUUUAAGGGUCAUAUUUCGUUGUUGUUAUUUUAUUCAUUAAAAUUGAUUUUCAUUUCAGUGUAACAAAUUUACUUCUGAUUUUUAGAACGAUAUUGAUGAAUGCAAUUCCAAUGGAAUUCAGCUAAUAAAGUUUAAUGACCCUUAAAAUUUGAGGUAGGCUAUUUUUUAUUGCUUCUAUCAAUAAACUUGAUUUCUUCUUAGAGGCAAGUGAUUUGCUUAAUAACAUUUUGUUAACCAACAAGUUUGAUAUAUUUAUGUUAUUACAAUUAAUUCGGUUUAUUUUAAAUAAUAACACGCAUCAAAAGACAUCAGUUCGAAGUGCUAACAAAGCUCCGUGCAAUCCCAAAUAUUUCGAAAGGAAAAUAAAAUCCAUUACAAAGUAAUUUCCUUUUUGUGUCUAACUCUUUUAUUUUUAUUUGCAAUUUUGUUUAUAAACUUAAAAUGUAUCCUGUUAGCUUGCAUUUCCGCGAUCUUCUAAUUAAACUCUAAAUCACUGAAUUGAAAACUAACAUUCGAUUUGGUGAUUUAGCAAUAUCGCUAUUGUAUAGUCAAUGUGUCUUCCUUUUGAAUAAGCAAUUAGGCUCAAUUUGUGUGUAAGAUUUAGUGUACGUAUAUGUGUAGAAUAGCCAAUUUUGAAAGUGUCUAUUUAGCUAGUUGAGCAGUUAUACUAUUCGAGUAUAUUAUAUAGAAGUGUAUUUAUCUAUAGGUGUGUCCGGCGUCGCGUAGUGCCCAAUUCCGGAGUACGUCAGGCUGUAAAUGUGAGAAAAAAAAGUAAUAAUAUAUGGUUGUGACUUCUGUAGAUACUACAACUAAUUUUCUAAUGAUGUUUUAUCGAAAUUCUAACUUAAAAUCUCACCUUUUGAAAAACCAUUAAGCUGAUUUUUGGGAAUCGAAAUCUGUUUUGUGUAACGUUGUAACUAUAGCCUUAGAUCGGGAUUUACAUGAAGAAAUUAUAUGUCAUAAAAAAGGCUUUGGUACAGCUUACGCAACUGUACCUACAAUUUUUGAACAAUAGAAGGAACAUACGUCACGCUCAGUUCAAUAUAACGAAACUAAUAAAGACACCGAUCCGGUCAUUGUUUCGCGAAAGUGGCGCGUCCUACCUAUAUAUCUGGGGGGUUGUUUGUGCAAUAUCAAAUUUGGAUGCUGACGGGCGUAAUAUCAGCAACACCGCGGAUUUCAUGACUCAGGAGUUGCUAUAUGAACUAAUAAAAAUUCAAGUGGAAUAUUCAAUACGGACGUUUUCAAAAAGCAAUUCGCCCCUGAUUCUGAAUACAGUUUCAUAACAGAUAUUAAUUGGGUGAAAACAGAGAGUAUGUAAGAAUUAGUAGCCAGUACAGCGAUAGAUUAAACAAAAUUUACUACAAAUACGGAUAAUAACGCUGUGUAAAUUUAGAUUGAUAACACUAUCAGAAUUAAGGCAUCUACCACCAAGACAGCUACAACUUACUCACAUUGGAAACUAAAUUGAGCAGUAUUCACCAAUUCCUUUUACAUGUAUCUAUUUGAAAAGGCUUAAGCUUAGUACAAAGUUGUUGAAUAAACUAAUUGAAAUUUUAAAUGGAAAUCCACUUUAUCGAGUAGUAAAUAAAUCGAAAGUAAAAGCAAUCCAAUAGUUCACUGAUGGACACAUCAUAUCUAUUCUUAAUAUUAAGCCAUACACAAAGAAUAUUAGUGACAGCAAUAUUUAUUUAAAAUCGAAUAGAAGAUUCGAGAAAUGACACUUCUACGAGUCUAAUAAAGCUGAAAAGAAUCAAGCCAACAACCUACUAAUAGAAGUACAUUGUAAAAUGCAACAACUUUUACGCAAAUUUCAACUAACAAUCUCUUAAGCCUUCUUUUUCAAUCAAGCCUAAUUUAUUUUAUCCGUACCCAUUCUGUGUAUGUUUUUUUUUACAAUCCGUCCAUUAUUUUGUUAAUUGUCACCUUUCCUUUUGCUAUCUACGAUUUUUCAAAUAUGUAGCAAAGUAGCUCAUCUUGUAGUGGAUUUAAAUAUAAAUGUAAAUAAUAAUCCCAAAAUGUGAUUCCUUACUUCCUAUCUAAAUUAAAUGUGCUAUCUUUCCACGUUCUGUGUUAAAAUAUAUUGUCUUCUGUGGAUAAUUAAUACGUAAAACGUAAUUAAAUCGUCAGUAAUUAAAUGUAAUCAAAUCAGUAGAUUCAUUUCUGUAGCUUACAUUGACUAGUGAUGGAUGGUAAUUAAAUUUGGUAAUUAAACGCAGCAAUAUAUAAUUUUAGUGAAACUAAAUGUAAUUUACGUAGAUUGAUAUUAUAGUUUUAGCUUUUAUGAACGUUCUUUUGCUGUUCUGUGUAUUAACAGUGUUUUCGAAUUAAAACUAAAUUAUUUUAAGAUUAAGAGAUUUAAAAUAUUAUUUACUUUAAAUUAACGAUUAUUUAUUUCUGUUGUAUCCUAUUUGAACUGUGAUAGUUUAACUGUUUUAAAUUAUACGUUUUUUGUUGAAUUAUAAUGUAAUUUGUUUUCAAGUAAUAGAUGCAAUGAUAAUUUCACUGGGUUACGCACGUGAAUUUAUGAACUUAAAAAAAUAAUAAUAUAUAUGCAGAAAAGCUGACGGUACAAAGAGCCACGAAGGGCUUUCAAGGACACGACCUUCAGCAAUGAAGUAUUCGACUAAGAAGAAGAAAGAAAGAUGCAGAAAAAAAUUAAUUAAUGAAUUCAAACAUCGUCAUCAAAAACUGAAUGAUAAAGGAAGCGAACAAAAUUAGUGUUCGUUUCUAAUACCUACUUUUCUGUUGUUGUGCAAAUCCCAGUGUUAUUAUCUUGAUGCAUUAAUUGAAUUUCAUUGUUAUAAUUAUCAGCGUUAUCAUUAUUAUUAAGACUUGUAAAUAUUUGUUUUAUCUGUCGUUUUUGGGGUGACCGAAAUAGUAAAAUUUUAUUGAUUAUUUAAUUAAUCAUUUUAAAUUGGAUUCGUGGAUUUGGAGUUGAAUGAAAAUGCUAUUGUCAUCACAGGGUUUUGCUGUCUUUCUUCUACCAGUAUGAAGAAAAUCAAAAGAUAAAUGCUAUCGAUAUUAUUUAAAUUUAAUUUACGAAGUAUUAGCGUUCAGAAUUUUCAAUGCGGUAGUAUAUCUUUAAUUUUUGCAAUCGCCACAGCAGGGGUUAGAAUAGAUUUCAAUCAAUCAAGUUAUAUCAAAUAAACAAAUAUUAGCCGAACUUCGAAUUAGCAAAUCAAUGAUUUCAAAGCACUUGACAGUGUGGUGAGAGAAUUGAGUUUAUGAUUUCUGAUUAUGACUUGUUGUGAUCCCAAGCGGAUAGGUACUCACCGCCAUCCUGCUUUUAUUUACCACGAAGAAGGAAUUCUUUCCGAUUCAAAGAGUGUAGCGGCUGUUGUAUAAAACAAAACUGAGACCUUAGAGCUUACGCUGUAGAUGUCUAUGGGCUGCGGUAACCACUUAACAUCAGGUGGGCCGUAAGCUCGCCCACCCAUCUAAGCAAUAAAAAUGAGAUUUCGACUUCAAGUUAGUGGGUGUGGUAUUCAUGUUGAUAAGUCUGUGAACUCCGGAAAUAAUUUAAUGCUCAGUGGGAAACACGCCAGCUUAUUGAUAUAGGAAUGAAGAAAUUGGACCGCUAUUGGAACGCUAUUAAAAUUAGAAUCAUUUUUGUAUUGGUUGUAAAAGGAUGAAGGAUAACCAUUUACUUCUAAUGAACGAUUACAAUACAAUAUAAUCGAAACCCAAAAAAUAAUGAACUCUAUUCAAAAGACUCACAUUUGCAUUUCGUUCGACUCCAAAUUCGCGUGAACCGCGAGUGAAGAGGUUUUAACAUUUGGAUAAAAAAAUGUGCGUGUAUUGUAAAAUAUGCUUUUUGCAAAAAUAAACGAAAGAUGUUUCGUAAUUUC